CUGGUGGAGGAGCGCAGCGUGCGGCUGGAGCGCGUGUCGCUGCGCUGCGCCGCGCCCUCGCGCUGCGCCGCUGCGCUGCUGCCCGCGCCCGCCUCCUUCGAGCUGCGCAUCCGCCGCAACCUGGCGCACACGCACAACGUACCGGACGUGGCGGUUCAUGGCACGCUGACAACGCUGGAGCUGGCGCUGGACGCGGAGCAGUACCGGCUGGUGCGCGGCGUGCUGGCGCACAACCUGGCCGAACCUUGCGAGGAGCUGCUGCCGCCCGCCCCCGCCCCCGCUCCUGCACCGGACCCGCACCAUCAGGCGGUGUGGACGACGUGGUCACUGAAGCUGGAUCUGCAUGACGUGUGCGUUCGGCUGACUGCAGCGCGCGGGCCGCUGGCUUGCAUUAAUUUCAUCAAGUCACGAUUGGUCAUUGAGAAUUAUUCUGACCUUAGCCAAGACAUCGACCUCGUCUCCCAGGAGAUUCUGGUGAGUGACGCACGGUACGCAGCAGAGCCAGCUAACCGGCGGGGCAACGUAUUCAGCAACAUCGUACAGCCGCUGCCCGAGCGGCGCCACAGCGUGCAGGCCGAGGUGCACGCCAGGAAACGCCUGGACUCUUCAGCAUAUACUAUAUUGAUAAACAACAUGCGUCUUAUGGCUAUUCUGGACUGGUGGGAAGCCGCGAACCAAUUCAUUAUGCAACCGCCAGCCCCAGCUACUGAUCCUGACCUCGCCCAUUUAGAAGAGGCGAGUAUGUCGGCGAGCGGUGACUGUACGGACUCAGCGGGCGGGGCCGGUGCGACCGAGGGCGGGCCCGUUGAGCUGAAGCUUAACAUCACCGACUCUCAGCUCGUGCUGGUGGAAGAUGCCUCCGUCUGGGACACCAACGCAGUUAUACUUAAGAGCUCGACAGUGCUGCGGUACAACGGCGCGGACGUGGAGCGGCCGGUGCGCUGCGAGCUGGGCGAGCUGGAGCUGUUCUCGUGCGUGCUGGGCCUGGAGGACGAGACGGCGCUCGCCAUCGUCGAGCCCGCCGCGCUGCACGCACACCUCGACACCCACCGCCGGCUACAUAUUUCAAUGGGAACAUUAAAUUUACGGCUGUCAUAUCAUGACAUGCGCAUGUUUGCCGCAAUGCUGCAAUCAUUACCGGCGCAAGUUAGAGCAGCGCUUUCUGGUAAAUCUGAAGAGGAGAUAGCAGCGGACGCGCCCGCCAACAGCGUGCACAUGCGGGCGGGCGCUGCGGGCGCUGCGGGCGCGGCGCGGCUGCUGGCGGCGCGCUGGGGCCGCGCCCCCGCCCCCGCGCCCGCGCCCGCCCCCGCGCAGCCCUCCGCCGUGUGGCCGCUGAGCGCGCUGCAGGUGGACGCAGACUGCGUUACGCUGUGCGUUAUCGACGAUUGUCUGGACUCGGACGUGCCGCUCCUGGAGAUAUCCAUGUCCGAAUUACACCUUGAUCAGGACUUAAGAAAAGUGGAGGAGUCGUUCCCGGACCCGGUGCUGGUGUCGACGCCCGGCAGCGGGGCGGGCAGCGUGGCGGGGAGCGGGGCGGGCAGCGGGGCGGGGAGCGGGGCGGGCGGCGGGCUGCUGCGUGCGCAGCUCAGUGUCGACUACUACAAUCGCACGCUUUCCGCCUGGGAGCCUGCGCUGGAACCUUGGAGGUUCGAGACGAAGUGGGAGUACACGUUGUCAACGUCGCUGUCGCUGCGGCGCUUGCAAGUGGACGUGAGCAGCUCAGAGACCCUGGACGUGAACGUGACGAGCGCAGCGCUCGAGCUGUACCGCCUCGUGCGCAGCAACUGGACAACUGACUACUGCGCGCCGCAACUCGGCACGCAGCAACAGUCCCCGAAGGGCAGUCCGGCGGGGCACCGGCGCCGCUCGCCCUUCGUGCCGUACGCGCUGCGCAACAACACCGGACAGCGCCUGUGGUUCACCACGCUGCCCACCACUUCCGAUGAACUGCUGGAGCUGGAGUGGGAGUGUGGGGGCGCGGCGAAUGAGGGUGCGGCGGAGGACCUGGGGUCUCUGGGCGCGGUGGGCGCGGCGCCGGACGACUCGUGGGUGUGCGUGCGCGGCGGCGACACGGAGCCGUUCUCGUUCGGGCAGCGCCGUGGCCGCGCUCGUGCUGCGCCGCACCGCCUGGCGCUGCGCCUGGACGCCUGGACGCCGCCGGACCCGCUACGUGUCGACCGUGUCGGCGUCUUCUUCCGAACCCUCACGCACCAGAAGAGCGGUGCAGAGGCGCGGUUGGUGCUGGAAGUGUCGCUGGAGGGUUCUGCGCGCAAGUUGGUGACGGUCCGAUCGGCGCUGCAGCUGGUGAAUCACUUACCGCACCCCGUUGAAGUGCGUCUACACAGCGCUCCGUCGCCAGUGUCUUGGGGAAGCACGGGUGUUGCGGUUGGUGCGAGCGGGGGUCGGGGCGAGGUGGUGGCGGCGGGCGGGCGCUGGGCGGCGCCACUCUGUGCGCGGCCCGGCGCGCUGGCCGUGCGCCCGCUGCCGCCGCGAGCCCCGCGCCCGCCCGCCCUGCCGCCCGCCCUGCCCCUUGCCCUGCCGCCCGCCCUACUGCACUGGCGCGAUGCCCCGGCAGAUGGCGCGCUGCUGCACCGCGAAUGUCGCGCGCCGCCCGACCACGUCUACAGGUUUUGCUGCGUGAUAGUGCGGGAGCGAUUCCCAGUAGAACGCGGAGAGCCGCUCGCCGGGCACACGCUGACGCUGGUGGCGGCGCUGCGCCUGGAGAACCUGCUGCCGCUCGAGCUGCAGUACCGCGUCGCUGACGUGUGCGGCACGCUGCCGCCAGCAGACACUAGGCCCUUCCACGAGGUGAACGUGGAAGAGGGCGUGGAGCUGAGCGUGAAGCUGGAGGGGUUCGGGUGGUCGACGUCGCUGAGCGUGGGCGGGGCGGGCGCGGCGGCGAGCGGCGGGGCGGGGGGCGGCGCCUCCUUCAGCGCACGCAUCAAGCUACGCGACCUACAGGGCAGAAGGCUCUACCUCAACGCGCGCGUUAGCGUCAACAAACAUGAUGGGAUCAAGGUGUCGGUGUCGGCGGCGUACUGGCUGGUGAACCGCACGGGGCUGCCGCUGGUGUUCCGCGCGGAGGGCGCGGGCGAGGCGGCCGGCCAGUGGCGCGAGCACGAGCUGGCGCGCAUGGUGGCGCCGCUGCUCUUCAGCUUCGCGGACGCCGACGCGGGGCCCACCGUCUGCGCGCGCCUCGGCACCGCCGUCGCGCCCAACCCUCAGUGGUGCUCGCCGUUCGGUCUGGGGCCGGGCAUCACAGUGAAGCGGCUGGAGGCGGGCGGGGGUGGGAGCGGGGCGACGGGGGCGGAGCGGUCGUUCGCGGUGGGCGUGGCCGUGCGCGCCGGCCGCGGCCGCUACCACCGCACCAACAUCGUGACGCUGACGCCGCGCUACCAGCUGCACAACAACACCUCGCGCCACCUGCAGUUCGCGCAGAAGUGCACCGCCACCACCCUCAGCGACCCUGGUGCGAGUGCGACACAUGUGAGCGCAGUGGCGGGCUGCCACCUGCCGUGGCACUGGGCGCGUCGAGAGCGUGACCAGCUGCUGUGCGUGCGCGUGCUGCCAUUUGCUGCCACCACUGCCACUACCACUGCUCCUGCCAACAGCGAUGCCGCCGCUACCGCCUGGUCAGGUGGCUUCCGAAUCGACAAACCGCGCAGCUUGCACAUCGCCUGCAGGGAAAGUGGGGGUUCUUAUGUGCUGCUGAGGGUGGAGGUAGUGACACAGGGUGCUACGCUGCUGGUGGUGCUCACGGACGCGGCCUGCGCGCCGCCGCCGCUGCGCAUCGACAACCACUCGCCCGUCGCCGUCAUGUUCCACCAGGUGGGGUGCGCGGAGGAGUGCGUGGUGGGGGCGGGGGCGCGCGCGCGCUGGGCGCUGCCGGAGCCGGAGGGCGCGUGCGCGCUGGCGCUGCGCGCGCCGGGCGGGCCGCGCCUCGUGCUGCCGCUCGACGCCGCGCCGGCGCCGCACGCGCACCGCCUGCUCUACCAGAACUUCCUCUACGUCGCCUUCCCCGCCACCAGCGACAGAGAAAACAGUAUGGAGACGGCAGGCAAGCAGAUUUCGACAGACGACGACAGCGUAUUGGUACUAGAGGUGCCACUCGGCAGUACUCGGGUAGUACUCGGCCGCAAGCGAUACGGGGACCGAUCGCAGCUGUGGCGGCGUGGGCCAGGUGGGCAGCUCGUGCACGAGGGUAGUUCACCGCCGCAGCCCACUGACGCCGCACUGCCCGAUGAUCCUACUCUUUCACCGCACGCCAUGGUGCUGGACAUCGAGGAGGCGGCGCCGCGGCCAGGCGUGGCGAGCGCGCUGGUGCUGCGGCGCGCGGACCCGCGGCGCCGCUCCACGCAGCGCUGGCGCCUGCUGCCGCCCGGCCGCAUGGCCUGCGCGCACGCCAACCUGUGCGUGCAGCCGCACGCCGCGCGCGCCGGCCUCAUGGCGCUUGUGCCAGGUGCGCGGGUGGUAUUAGGGCUACCAGCAAGUGAGCGUGCUGGCGCGCUGGCGGGCGAGCAGGCGGUGAGCUGGCACGCGCUGCGGCCCGGCUGCGGCCGCCUCGACGUCACGCUCAGCUGCGCUGGCCCCACGCGCCUCGUGCGCAUACACGACCACGAGAACCCGGAGGCGGGGCGCAUUGAAGACGAGGAGGAGGAGGAGUGCGGUGCGUGCGAGGAGGGCAGCGAGUGGGGCGUGCGCGUGGCGGUGGGCGGGCUGGGCGUGUCGCUGGUGGUGGGCGCGCCGGCCGCCGAGCUGCUGUACGCCACGUGCCGCCGCCUACGCCUGGAACUGGCGCGCUCGCCCGCCGCCGCGCUGCUAGCACUGCAGCUCGAUGACCUGCAGUGGGACAACCAGCUGGCGGACGCGGCGCAGCCGGUGCUGCUGCAGACUCAGCGUGCGGCGGGCGGGGGCGGGGGCGGGGCGGGCGGCGGGGCGGGCGGCGCGCUGUACGCGGCGGCCGAGCUGAUGCUGCGGCCGGCGCCGGCGCCGCGCUACAACGCGCGCUACUUCAACCGCGUCGUGGUCGCGCUGUGCCCUGUCGCCGUGCGACUCGACGAAAGGCUGAUACUGCUGCUGUGGUCGUGGAUAGAGCAGUGGCGGGGUGGUGAAGAGGCAGCCGAACAGCCCGACGAGGUGGAGUACGAGACGCGGCGCGUGCUGCACGAGCUGACCGCGCUGCACGCCGCCAGAUACUACUGCGCGCUCCUCGAGCUGGUGCCCAGCCAGAUCCGGCUGUCGAUGUACACGGCCAGCAAGCUGGAGGCGGAGCUGAGCGCGCUGAAGAAGCGGCUGGGGCUGACGUUCGUGCGGUUCGAGGACGCGGCCGUGGAGCUGGAGCCGUUCGUGCGCACGCACGUGUUCGACACGGCCCAAGGCCUCGCCAGGCACACGCUGCAACACUUCAAGGACGAGCUGAAAUGGCAGGCGGCUAAGAUCUUGGGCUCGGUGGACUUCUUGGGAAACCCGUUGGGCUUCGUGGCCGACGUGUCAGAAGGCGUGUCUGGACUGCUGCUGGAAGGCAACGUGGGUGCACUCGUCAAGAAUGUCACGCACGGCAUCUCCAACUCCGCCGCCAAAGUUACCGAGUCGCUGGGCGACGGGCUGGAGCGCGUGGUGGGGGAUGAGGCGCACGAGGAGACGCGGCGCCGCAUCCGGUCCGCGGCUCCCGGAGCGCACCUUGCAGCUGGCCUUCGUGGCCUUGGCCUCGGCCUGCUUGGCGGUAUGACGUCGCUGGUGAAGCACAGCUACGAGGGCGCGACGCAGGAGGGCCUGGGCGGGUUCCUGGCGGGCGUGGGCAAGGGGCUGGUGGGCACGGUGACGAUGCCGGUGAUCGGCGUGCUGGACCUGGCGGCGGAGACGGCGGCGGCGCUGCGCGAGUCGAGCGGGCGCGGGGCGCGCGCGCCGGGCCGCGUGCGCUCGCCGCGCGCGCUGGGCGCCGGCCCGCUGCAGCGCUACGGCGCGCGCGCGGCGCUGGGCGCGCGCCUGCUGCACGCGCUGGCGCGCGCCGAGCGCCUGGUGGCCUACCGGCCGGUGCGCGGCGCGCCGCACGACAUCCGCGCGCUGCUCACCGACACGCACCUGCGCAUCGUCACCUGCAAGCGCGACGCGCCGCACGUCGUCAUGGAGACGCACCUCAGCAACCUGGUGUCGUGCCGCGCGGUGUGCGUGGACGGCGCGCACUUCGUGGAGCUGUGCGUGCGCGGCGGCGGAGCGGAGGGCGGCGGGGGCGGCGGGGGCGGGGCGGAGAGCGUGCGGCGGCCGCGCGUGCAGUGCGACGGCGGCGAGCUGGCGCGCUGGCUGGCCGCCGCCGCCGCGCACGCCGCGCGCCUGCACCGCGACCUGGCGCACACGCUCCCGCCCCGCUAG